AUGCCCGAUGGUUCGCUCUUCAUUUUUGCAGACACUUGCUCGGAGCUGUUUGACGUGGCCAAAAAUGAGACCAUCAGGACAAUGCCUGACUUGCCUGGAAUGCACAGAACCUAUCCCAACACAGGGGGUAGCGUCAUGUUACCCCUACGUGCAGAGAAUAACUAUAAGCCUGAGAUCAUGAUUUGUGGCGGAGGACAAACACAAGCAAUCAACAGUCCUUGCGAGGCAACCUGUGGAAGGCUGAAACCGAUGGGUAAGCGUCCUCUGUGGGAGAUGUCUACGAUGCCAGGCCCCCGAGGAAUGGUGGAGGGGGUUUUACUUCUCGAUGGUACCGUGCUCUGGAUCAACGGCUGUCAUAAAGGUGCGCAAGGUUUUGGACUGGCCACGUACCCGGCAUUGGAAGCUCUAGUCUAUGAUCCGAAAUGGAAUAACUGGACCGUGUCUGGGAGAACGACAAUUGCCAGGCUUUAUCACUCUGUCGCCUUCCUACUUCUGGAUGGAACAGUGCUCAUUGCCGGAAGCAAUCCCAACGAAAUGCCAGUAACCCAACAGCAUGUUGACAUCCAUAAUCAAUACAAGGCAUUCCCCACCGAGUUCAGGAUGGAGACAUGGAUUCCCCCAUACCUUCGUGAUGACAAGGCGUCGCGGAGACCUACGGUGAUGGGCCUCUCGACAUAUAUCUUGAGACGUGGUAAAAGAGUGACCAUCGAGUUCAGCACUGUAGAGCAGGUCAAGACGCUAGACAUUGUCCUAUACAGCGGGGGAUUUAUUACGCACUCAGUCCACAUGGGCCAGGUGAUGGUAUACCUUGAGAACAACGGCUGGGAGACGCUGAGCAAUGGUCGAAAAAGGGUCGUAGCGUGUAUGCCCGAACAGGUCAAACUGGCUCCUGGACCCUACGUGGUUUAUCUGCUGGCCAAUGGCAUUCCCGCAGUUGGGAAAUUUGUUACUGUGCGCGUCUGA